CGCUUUGAACUGCCCUGCAGGAUGCUCAGCUGCAAACAUCCUGUGUGAGGGACACCUCCCCCGGUGGCUUCUGCUUUAUCUGCCUCCUGUGAGUAAUAACAGCUCCUUGCUGGCACAUCUGGAGCGGGAGGAGGACGGGCAGGAGCCGCAGGUCCAGCAAGCGAGCCCGAUGCCAACGAGCUUCCUCGGCAGUGCCCUCCGGGGCACCUUCUUCCUCCUCUUUGGUCUCUGGUGGUCAGUGCGGUACCCACUGAGAUACCUCAGGAGGAAAGGCAAUGCCGAGAGCCAGCCCAAUGGGAUCCAGCGCGUGGAAGCCUUCGAAGGGGCAGUCAAAGCUCUCUUUGCUCUAGCAGGGAUGCUGGUGGAGCAGUUUGUCCCCCCUGGGCCCCACCUGCAGCUGUACAGCCCCGAGGUGCACAGCUGGACCGACCUCACGCGCUGGCACUACACCACCAUCUACCUCUUCUUCCUGCUCUCCGGCAUCGUGGAUGUCGUCUCCCACUCCCGGCUCAAGCUCCCGCUCGGCUUGGACCGGCUCUCGCUGUCCAUGGCUCUGCUCAUUGAAGGUUUGCUCUUCUGCUUCUAUGACUACAGUGAUGCAGCUCUGGACCACCACCUCUAUUCCCUGCUGGCCAUGGCUGUCUUUGCUGGAGCCCUCUGUGCCCUCCUAGAGGUGUUCAUCCGAGAGCACAUCGUCCUGGAGGUCUUCAGGACCAGCUCCUUCCUUCUGCAGGGCUCUUGGCUUUGGCAGAUUGGGUUUGUGCUGUCCCCUCCAUGGGGAGGACCAGGCUGGGAUCAGACCGACCACAGCAACUUCACGUUCCUCACCAUGUGCUUCUGCUGGCACUAUGCAGGGGCUCUCGCUGUCUUGGCAGCAAACGCUGCUGCAUCCCGCUGCUGUAAUGAGUCCUGCCAGCUGAGAUUUGGGGACAUUGAUGUGGAGCUGGACUGUGGCAUGUGCAUCCGCAAAGGCAACAAGGGCUCUGGUGGUCCCCUGCUGCCCGAGAGCCCCUCGGAUGACAAAUGAGGCUGUGCUGGGCAUGGAACCGUCUCCAACACUGGUUUAGAGCUCUCAGAUGAGGUUUUGGAUUAGUCCUGAUCAACUCCAGCGGCACUGGAUGGCAGAGCAUCAAAAGUGGGAGGCAGGACCCCAAAGGUGGAGUGUGAUAGGGGAUGGGAAACCUUUCCUUGAGCAUCCCUUUCCUGCACAUCCCCUAUGGUGGUUGCAAGAUGCUCAUCCAGGAGGGAAUAGUUCAUGUUGUGUGUUGUGAACUGCAGGACUGGUUUGGUGGAGUCCAAGCAAUGGGGCCAGUUUGUUUUAACAUGAUCCUUGCUUCUUCCAGCCAAACCAGUGUCCAAAGCUCCUGGUGCUGCCGCUCGCUCUGGGGUUGAUGGAAGGGGUUUUGUACAAAGGUUACUGUGCACAGGGUAUAUGUGGUUGCCAAUAAAGUACUUUAAAGAACCACCUCAAUGAA